GCCGGAUCGGAAGCUAGACUGAGAUAAGUCGACUAUGCCUGGAAGCGCCGAAAGUCAACCCGCGAUUUCAAAGCACACCCCACCUCCAACCGGCCAUCGCGCAACAUGGCCGACAUUCCAGUACUUUCUUUUCUUGCACUUAUUCCUCCUGCGCCGGAUUAGCACCCGUGGGAUCUAUCGUUUGCUUUACUUGAUCUGAGACGUUUUCUAUCACAGUCGCCGCCAUGAUUGAACCAUUCCAGACGACGUUCUCCGUCCCCAUGAGCUGUGAGGACUGUAUCAAGGAUAUCACGACGUCUCUAUACAAUCUUCAGGGAAUUAACAAAGUCGACGCCAGACUGAAGGACCAGUUGGUCUUCAUCGAGGGCACAGCGCCACCAAGCUCCAUAGUAUCCGCUAUCCAAGCCACAGGUCGAGAUGCAAUUCUACGAGGUAGUGGCUCCUCGAACGGUGCCGCCGUGAGCAUCCUAGAGACACAUUCGACUGCCGUUCAAAAUAACGUCCGUGGAUUAGCGCGGAUGGUUCAGGUGUCACCCAAUUUGACUAUCGUCGACCUCACGAUCAACGGACUCUCUCCAGGAAAAUAUUGGGCUACUGUCCGCGAGAACGGCGAUAUUUCAAGGGGACCAGAGACAACCGGAGGCAUCUGGGAGUCGUUGAAGAACAAGGUCCUCGGAUCCGAAGAGAAGAAGGAGCCAAGAGGUGUGUUCGGGACGGUCGAAGUGGACGCGAAAGGCCAGGGUAACGUCUUCCUGGACCGGCCGGUUGCCGUGUGGGAGUUGAUCGGGCGAAGCAUGGUCAUUUCCAAGGACAAGGAUGGUCCGUUCAAGAAGGAAGAUCCUGAUACAUUGGUUGGAGUCAUCGCCCGCAGUGCCGGAGUUUGGGAUAACGACAAGAUGGUGUGCUCGUGCUCCGGAAAGAACGUGUGGGAGGAGCGGAAGGAACAGGUCAGCAAGGGAAUGAUGUAAAAUCGGGUUCCCAUCAAUCAUAUCCACUCUGCACCAAGCAUAUGGUGACCCCCGGCAGCAGUUGAGUCCUGAAAGAGCUCUUCGACCGGGAUCGCCUGAAGGAAGCAUGGCCAUGGAAGGGAAUCCCAAGCGACAGGACCCCUUUACGAUGAGUAUGACCAGGAGCGUGACGUUUAUCUUUCUCCUACCUGUUUUACACGUGUCGAGGAAUGUUACUGCAUUGAAGAUGAUAUCCAUGCUAGGACAGGGCCAUUGUUCAGUGAGAUCUUGAGGGGGUUUCCGAACUAAUAUUCGG